AUGCCAUAUUCACGUUGUAUACGUUGUAAAUCAUCUCCAGAAAAUAAUUAUUGCAAUGGUGCAUCAACAGUUGAAUCUCGUGGAAAUAAUUUUUCUGAAGCAUUUACAUCAUUUAAUUCUCUUGAACAAAUUGAUCAUGAAUUUAAAAUACAUAAUGUUAAAGCAUUUUCAACAUUUAAGUAUUUUUCUCGUUUACAUCGUGUUGGUAUAACAACAAAUGCAACAUUAACGAUUGAAGAAAAUGAAUUUUUAACUGAAUUAUGGCCAAAUACGCAUUCACCACCGAUUAUUCAACGAAGUUUAAAUAUUGUACGAAAUGUAAGAUUAUGUUUAAAACAUAUUGUGGAUUUUAUUAAUUUUACAACAACACAUGAAAAAGAACUUCAAGUAACACCAAAUGCAUGGAAUGAAUAUGCAAAUGGCUACUUAGCUUCAUGUGAAUCGAAUUUUUUAACAAUAACAAUUGAUAGAAUACGUUCAUUAACAACACGAAUAAAUGUUGUAGUACCAAAAGAAUUAUUUUUCCGUUCAGGUGAAAAAGCUAAACAUUUACGUCGUCCAUUUUUAUCAGUUUAUUAUAAAUCAACCCGAACUAAAAAUGAAACACAUUUUGAUGCAACACAAUCGCAUAAAUGA